AUGCAUUUGAGAAGAUCGGACAUAAGUAACAUAGAAAGAGCAAGGAUACGAACGCUCCGAAUGACCAUCACCAUCGUCGUGGUCUUCGUGAUCUGCUGGACACCGUACGUCGUGAUGACCCUCUGGUACAUGUUCGAUCGGAACAGCGCGGAACAAGUUCCUUCAUGGCUCCAAGACACUCUCUUCAUGAUGGCCGUUGCGAACAGCUGUAUGAAUCCUUUAGUCUACGGAAGCUACGCCAUCAAUUUCCGGAAGGAACUGAGCCGUUGUUGCUGCUGCUGCUGUCACACCAAUUCACCGGAACACAGACCAAAGGGACAAAGAAUUACAGCAGGGCAAGGUGUAAGGCUGCCCAAGAAACUCUUAAAAUGCGGUCGCGCCCUACAAGCAGCAGCUGGAUCCGGAGCGACGAGAAGCACAGCGAUGAUCCACGGCGUUAUAACGAACAAGUCACAAACCAAUCGACCCGAAAACCAUUACGAAGGUCUUCUGCCCAAGAAAACGGACAGACCGCCGAGCGUCGGACAAAUCUCUUUCGUAUCGGAAAACUCUUCGACAAAGGGAUACCACAGACCCAGUUUCCACAGCGAGCCAGGACCUUGCUCGGAUAGAAUGGAGGACAUCUGCAAGGCCACCAGACACAAAUCUGAAGCGUCAGUUCCAACGGAACCGUUAUAGGGUUUUGCCUUGUCGCCUAGGUGCGACAUCAAAAUAGGUGCAUCAAUCAACGAUACGGUCGUGCUCUACACGAAGAGGGACGAACUGAUGAAGUCGAGGAACAUAUAACACCCGGUAUUACAACUUAACGCUAACA